AUGCCACCCGCCAGCCCCCACAUAACCAUCCUCUCCCCCCAGACCAACACCUCGGUCCACUCCCAUCUCGUCAUCAUCAUCGGACAAGCAAGCCCCGCACCUCCACAGGGCUCGUACGUCACCGUCACAACACCUGCCCAGCUCCGGUACAACUUUCCAGUCCACGCUUCGGGCAGGUUCAAGGUCGUCGCACCUCUUGUCCCCGGUCCCAAUGCACUGCACUUUAACGUUGGCGGCGUGACUGCCGACCACAUGCUUGCAUACGAGCCCCAGCCGAACAACCCCGCCAUCGACCUCGUCAUUGUCGCCGGCCGCGACUCGCCCCUGCGCUUUGACGAUGUGCGCCCUACCACCCUCGACGAUGCGGUGCGUCGCUACCGCAUGGCUGCAUACCUGUGGCAAGCAUACACGAGCGAGCAGAUGACCCGUCACGGGUUUGGACCGCGUACCUUUCAGUUUACAGAGGAGCGCGGCAACGACACGACGGUCGGUCCGCCAGGCAGCCUAGGCCCACAGGCGAGCGUCGCCAAGAUUACGGUCGUGCGGAGCAAGCGUACAAUGGCCGAGAUCCGUAACACCAAUCUUGCACAGCAGAACAAGCAUGCCCAGUCAAAGGAGUCGCUCUUUGACAUUGCCGGCAACGCUGUCAAGGAGGCUCCCGAGUUCUCGGGUGACAAGCUCAAAGGUCGCCAGUUUGUCGCCCUCAUCAUCGAUGCGACACACACUCGCGAUGGCCUCAUCACGGGCCAUGCUGCGCUGGGUGGAAACAUUGGGGGCAACCCCUUUGCCAUCUUUGGCUCCCACACCUGCUUCUCGUGGCCAACCUGUGUCGACGAAAUUCCCCAGGCGUUCUUGAGCCAACAGCCCGUCGACACGCGGUACUGCGGCAUCGACUGCGAAGGUAAAGUGUACGGCAUGGCUGCCAACGUCGGCAUUGGCGCCAUGAUGCACGAGGUCGGCCACUCGCUCGGCUCACCACACCAGUCGUCUGGUGUCAUGCUCCGCGACUACACCCGGUUGCACAAGAGCUUCCUCGCCGUUGACGCCGACGACAACAACGAGUGCGCGUGGCACCGUCUCGAUGCUCUCCGCUACGUCGGCCACCCAGGCUUCGCUUCACCAUAUGAGCAGUCAAGAGGCAUUGACGCAGCCCGACAGCCCAUCCUCCUCACUGCCACUCACGACAUGCUGCACGUCUACACCCCAACGUCCCGCAUUCUGGCCAUCGAGUACCGUAUGCCCGGCAAGGAGACGGCAGACACGUUCACCGACUUUACGACCCAACAGAACGGGCCGCCCAACUCACACUCGUUCCAGCGCCAGUACCUCGACAGCAAAGGCUUUGACCGCAUCACCGUGCUCACCACAGACGGCGGCAGGCUCAACGACGUCCAGCUCAAGGACACCAUCGGCAUGUACCCAACCCGGCCUGGAGUCGUGCGGACCAACGAGAUGGGUCGCCAGAACGGAAACGCAGUUACCAUACCCGUCCCGCCCAACCUCAACCGUAUCCGAGUCCACGCCGGUAUGGCACUGGAUGGCGUGGAGCUCUUCCCCGGUGGACUCAUCUUUGGCAAACGAGGCGGCCGCCCAGCCGACUUCAACCUCCAAGGCGGAGAGUUUGUCAUUGGUUUCAACCUGCGCUACGGCGCUUGGGUGGACGGUAUCCAGGUCGUCACUAACCAGCGCGUCAGCCAGUGGUUUGGUAAUGGGACCGGCGGUGGACCAGGGGAGGCUCGUGUCCCGGCUGGAUACAGAUGGUCGGCCAUUGUCGGUCACGUUGCCGACUGGUGCCAAGGUAUCGGGUUUGAGUUUGAGCCUGCGCAGCACUAG